ACGUUUGGUUCGCUGUGCUGCUAGUGCUGCUGUUGCCGCUUACGACGCUGCUGCUGCUCAUGCUCAUGCUGAAAACAACGACGACGACGUCGCUACUACUAAGCAAAGACAACAACAACAACAACAACAACAACAACGAGAGCAACACGAUAACGCUUCAUGGGGGCCGCGCCAUGGGCAAUAAAUAACUAAAUUAGAGAACGACAACGACACAGCGGAAACAUUGCACAAUUAAUAAACAAUCCAUAAAGUUGGCUAAGAUAAACAAACAAACAAACAAGCAAACGAACGAAUGUAUAAAACGCAUUAAACAAAUGGAUAACAGCAGCUCGUCGCAAAGUGUCAGAAAUUGUGAGAAUUAAUAUUUCACUAGAGAUUUGAGUGCUUGCAACCAACCAACCAACCAACAACCAAACAAACAAACAAAUCCAACCGACCGACAACAAAUAAACAACGCAAACUUUUUUUGUUCAUUUUGACAACAUUUUAUGCUUUUUGGGCAAACACUGUUACAGUUUCUACUUCCCUCUUGCUCGCACUCUCUCGCUCGCGUAAAAUUAUGAAAAAUAUGUGAAAAAUGUGCAGCAACAACAAUAACAACUACGAUUUUUGAGCACUCACGUAGGACAGAGAGUACGGUCCGGUUCUUGUCCCUGUCCCGGAUUCGGUCACGGUCCGGCUUCAGUCUCAGCUUCCAACUCGAACUCGAAACCCGACUCCAACCGGUCUAGAAGUUUAAAUCCCUGGCGUGUUAGUGUGUUAGUGUUUGUGUGUGCAAGCAAGCGAGCGUUGUGUAACGUUGUAACGUGCUAAAUUUGUUAAUUUAUAGCCACAGACUACAAUAAUCAACAUCGACAACAACAACAGCAACCCAAACAUAACAUUUGGUAUUUGUUAUGCCCCAAAGCUGAGACGCAGACUUAACGAAAAAAACAAAACCCAGACGUCGUCCAGCGGCAAAAGUGGUCUAAAUACAAUUGACAUUUAUUGGGCAAUAUAUAUUUAUAAGGCGACCGCCCAAAGGAAGUGGCUGCAGCACACAGACAACGAGCACAAUCAGACAAAACGAAGCAGACGAAACAACUAAAAGAUAUUAAAACAACCAAAAAAAAAAACGAAAAAAAAACAUAAAAAAUAGGUUUAUAUAUACAUAAAGUCUUCAUGUCGUUAUUCCCGCAUAAGAGCUGGCAUCAAAGCGAGUCUGAAGCAGUUACUCGCAUGCAAAUCUUCAACACAACUCGAACGCAGAGGGAGAGCAAGGAGAGGAACACAAUGUCGUCUCUUGGACAGCAACGGGGGCGUGGCAGCAGUAGAAAUAUCUGUUGGCUGGCCAUGCUGUUGCUACUCAUGCUAGUGCCGGAUUUUAUUGUGGCGCUCAAGGAUGUUUCGGUAAUGAUACCGCAGGCGGUAAAGCGCGGCAGCAAUGCCUUGUUCACCUGUAAUUACGAUAUGGAAAAUGAUACGCUAUAUUCGGUGAAAUGGUAUAAAGGCAAGCGUGAGUUUUAUCGCUACACACCCAAAGAGAAUCCGGCAAUGAAAGUCUUUGCCAUGACAAGUGGCCUUAAUGUGGAGCGAAACCUGUCGAAUCAAAGUCAUGUCGUGCUGCAGUCGGUGCCGCUGAAUAUUUCGGGUAAAUUUACAUGCGAAAUAUCCGUGGAGGCGCCCACAUUUCAAACGGCGAUGGUGUCCGGCGAAAUGGAGGUGGUGGAACUGCCGGAAGAGCACACAGUGGUUACCGGGAUUCAGGCACGUUAUCGCAUUGGCGAUUUGGUCGACGGCAAUUGCUCAAUUAAAUACUCCAAACCGGCUGCUAAUUUGACAUGGACUAUUAAUGGUAUUGUGGUGCCACCGCAUCACAUCAAGACGUAUCAGACUGAGAAACAAGAGAACACCACGCUGGAGUCUGUCACAAGUGCCAUACAUUUUAUGGUUACCAAUCAGCAUUUUCUCAAGGGCCAAAUGCGACUCAAGUGUACGGCGAACAUAUUCGACAUAUUCAAGGAGGAAAUCGAGAGCAUUAUCGAGGAGGAUAAACCGAGAAUCAUGGCCUCGGGACGAUCCUACGAUAUGAACAAUUAUCCCUUGGAUGAGCAUGGCAACAGCAUCGGCGAACGCGACCGAGGACGAGGCUACGAGGAUCACAAUGAAUCCUAUUUAACGUACUAUUCGCCGGAGGACAGUGCAUCAGGCGCCUCAAAAGCUGCACAUGAAAUCUUUUGGCGCUUUUGGCUAUUGAAGCUUACGGAAAUGCUGCCAGUCGAACAUAUAACAAAGCUCCACAGACACAUCAACAGGCAGUUGCUAAAGUGGGCGUGGCUUAGCAAGAGUGUCGGCUGUUUGGCAGCACUCGCGAUGCCCCUUUGGCUGUGGGGAGCCCAUCAAAUUAUCAGCUGUCAAUAUGGCAGCGAUAAAGCAGCGGCGCAACAACAACAUCAGCAAAACCAAACGAACGAUAGCAGAGGAAAUGACAGGAAGACCGGCGACAAAGUCGCGACAGUCGAUUGCAAUGUGACAAUGUCAAAGGCACCAGCAACGGCAGCAACGGCUGCAGCGGCGACGCGGGGAGGCGACAAAUGCUUUUAUAAUUGUCAAAUGGCAUUGGCAGCACUUUCGAAUCGGGAUCAGCAGCAGCAUAGCGACAACUUGCAAGAAGCAGCACAGCGCCAUCGUGAUGAUUAUGAUAGCGAUGUUCAUGAUGAUGAUGAUGACGACGAUGACUAUGCGAAUGAUGACAAUUUUGAUGGUGCUGAUGGUGGGAAUAUUGCAAGUGUUACCAAUGCCAGCGAUGAUUUAACUGCAGCAGCAAUAACGAAGGCAGCUGCAUUGAAGCGACAUCAACAGCUGUCAGCGACACUUGCCCAAGUGGGCGUGGCAGCGACGCUGGAUCAACGAUUAUUGAUGACUUGGCAGGAGUGGGCAACGCCAGCGAGCACCUCCUCGUGCUGAUGCUGAAUUGAUGAUGAAAUGCAUUUCAAAAAGUAGCUUAAGGUGUUGCUGAGUUCGCUCUUGCUUUUAUUUUAUUUUCUUUUCUUUUCUUGUUUCUCUCUUUUUUGCGUUUAACGCGCGAACGGCGUGGCAAUAAUUAAUACAACAUUACAAGCAGAGGAAAACAAAAUUAAAAUAAAUAUUAAUUACAUUUGGGGCAGCAGCCAAAUAAUCGAAACAGGACUUGUAAUAUGAUAAAGUACAGCAAAUUGAAUAUAUAUACAAACAAUAUAAACAAAUUGAACAUAAUAUUAUAUAAUUAAAAAAACAUAUUUAAGCGAAUAAAUACAAACAGGUGAAGCUCAUAAAAUCGUUUAAGAGAGAAAAAAAUAAAAUACUUAAUAUAGCAAUUUAAGAGGCAUGUAUGUUAUUUAUUUGCAAUGAAUUAUAAAAGUCUUAACUCACUGCAAAUAGUUGGUCACUCUGUUUAUCAACAGCUGAGCAAGAGAGAGAUCAAAAGAGUCGAAGAAGAUGUAAGCCAAUAAAAACAUAAACUUCAGAAUCAAAAGCUUAGCUUUUAACGCUCUCUUCACUCUAUUAAAACAGCUCUAAAAUGUUAUAGUUCGAUUAGUUAAGAGAGCGUUAUGUUGUACUACAGUUUGACAUUCACUGUCAACGUACUCUUCACUCUUUAGAUCCUAAUUUGGUGAAUUUUUAUUGAGUUUUACAUAAAUGUGAUAAUUCGGAACACCGAAUACAUAAAUAUAAUAAAGAAUUUCAAGAAAAUAGUAUAAUCAUGCAAAAGGCCUAAUUCAUGAAAAACUAUAUCACAUGUUAUUCAUAUUUCGCCCACACAAUACUAGAGCAAACAAUAAGAGAGAGGGAAUUCUAAAAGCUUUAAAUUGCACUUGAGCUUAGCUUUUUGUACCGUAGUGCAUUUUAAAGCAUCAAAUGAGUUUGUAAACAAUAGUGAAAAGCUUCUUAGACCCUUUAUGAAUUGUGUUCUAACUCCACAGUGCUCUCCUCAAGUCUCUAAACAGUGGCCACUGAAAUGUAUGUAAAUAAAAUUAAAACUACAAUUAAUCCAAAUGAGAACGAAAGCUUAAAAAUAAAAAAAAAACAAACAUAAUAUGAAAACAUUAUACGAGUACUGAAAGGAACUUUUUACGGUUUUGGAAGCAUGCAAAAUUAAUUACUGUUAUGGUUCAUUUGUAGACACACAACAAUAAUCAUUUUAGGUAAAAUCAUAAAUCUUGAUACAAACAAAUUCCAUAUUAUUUGAGCAAUCAAAACGAUAACAACAAAAUUAUUUAAAAUUUUUGGCAAACAAAAAUCCAACGGUAAAUAGUUCCUUUGCCUUAAUAAAUAAAUCGGUGUAAUUGUAACUGGAAGCGCAACAUGUAAAUUAAAUAAAGUUUUCGAAAAGAUAUAAUAUAACAAAAAAACAUGAAAAUGGUAGAUAAAAGUGAAUACAAUACGGAAACUAAGUUAAAUUAUGUAAUAACAAUAAAUUAAUACUCAAAAAAAUAAGACACAGCGAAAUACAUUUAUAAUCAAAAUUUUGAAAGUUGUAAAUAGAGAAAUAUGUUAAGAAGUUGUCUAGAGAGCACAAAUCAAUUGUGUAUGUAUGGUUAGUAAAUUUAUAUGUGUAAAUGUUAAAUAUUAUUAUAUUAUAUAUAUACAUAUACAUAUAUCGAAUACAAUUAUGUAAUGUAAAUGCAUGCGCUCAGAUUUGUCUAAUCAAAACGUGUUGUGAAAGUUGUCUUCCCUUAUUUAUGUUAGCUCAAUGAUCUAAAGUUAAUUGGUUCAUUGACUUUUUGUUCUUCACUUUAAUUUUGCUAAGCUUAACUAUUCUGAUGAGUUUUACAAAUUUUUGUGAAAUUGUUAAAUGGUAGUCAGAAUAGAUCUACAAUAUAUAAAACCUUGUUAGUGUACAUAGAACUAAGAGUGUCGAUUUCUUAUUUUGCUUUUAAAUAUCAAUACAAACUAUACAAAGAAAUAUAAUUAAAUAAAUAUAAAUGUUAUUUAUCAACUAGGCUAAGAAAUAGUUUUAAACACACAUGAGUAACAAAAUAACACGCCGCUUGCAUUGAAUAUAAACGACAUAUUCAUAUCUAAACGAACAAAAUAAUAACAUUAAAUAAACAAAUGCAAAUACAAAAAUUAAUAAUAGCCAAGAUCACUGUUAACGCCAACUCUAAAAUGAUGUAAAAAAGUAAAAAUUAUAAUACGAAGGAACUCAGUACAUAUAAGCAUAAAAAGUAAAUUAAAUGAAUAUUAUUGUAAAAAAGUAAAUACAUAAGCGACAUAACUUAGUAUUUAUGGCUAUUAGUUAAAAAGUAAGCAAAUUUAAUAUAUAAAUAAACAAUAAUA